AUGACGGCUCCUUACCCUGUGUCAGAUCACAACCCUCGCCACGACGCCGACACCCCGUAUCACCAUCAACCCGCCCGCGCACACACCCACUCUCGGCGCAGGUCGCUCUCGGGCAGCAUGGGCUUGCUUGCAGAAUCCGGGAAACUCGCUGAAUCAGACAUCAUCGGAGUCCAGAUCCAGAGCACAACCACCGGCAUGAACUCCGAGACAGCAGCAGCGCGCAGUUUAAACCAGUCCCUCUCUAACCGAUCGCGCCGGAGCACCUACAUCUUCUCUGAUGGCACUUACGACAAGCCAUUUUUCCUCGUCUACGUCAACACCUCAUGCUUUGCCAUCUCGCUCAUCCCCCUGGCCGUGCGAUACGUGAUUCAACACGGCUUGGGGGCGUCCAUACAUGCCGUUGUUGCUCUGUGGCGCGAGUGCCGGGGUAUGACCCCCCUCAAGACCCGGGACGAUGAGGCAGAAGAUGCCCAGCGGCUGCUCGUCGAAGAAGACGCUAGUGUCGCCGACUCGGCUAGUUCUGCGCCUCCAAAAGACGAAAAACUUGGCCUGCUCGAAACUGCCCGGUACAGCGCCGAGUUUUCGUUGCUCUGGUUCUCGGCCAACUACUUUGCCUCCGCCUGUCUGGAGUACACCAGUGUAGGCAGCGUGACGAUUUUGACGUCGACUAGCAGCAUCUGGACUUUAAUCUUCGGCGCUCUAAUGCGUGUCGAGCGAUUCAGUCUUCGGAAACUGCUUGGUGUUCUGGCAUCACUGGCUGGUGUCAUCCUGAUCUCGUCAGUGGAUCUGUCGGGCGCUAGUGACGAUAACCGCGGCAGCUUUCCGCACAAGACGACGGUCGAGAUUGCGAUUGGCGAUGCGAUGGCUUUCUUCAGUGCCAUUUUGUAUGGUGUGUAUGUAACGGUGAUGAAGAGAAGGGUUGGAAACGAGGACAGAGUUAAUAUGCCACUCUUCUUUGGGCUCGUUGGCCUGUUUAAUGUCCUGUUCCUCUGGCCAGGGUUCUUUAUCUUGCAUUGGACUGGCAUCGAGCCCUUCGAACUUCCCCCCAGCAGCAAUGUCUGGCUCAUCAUUGCCUUCAACUCUGCCGCCUCUUUCUUUUCCGAUAUUCUCUGGGCGUACGCCAUGCUGCUGACUACCCCGCUAGUUGUCACCGUCGGCCUGUCGCUCAACAUCCCGCUGUCGCUCAUCGGGGAAAUGAUCCAGUACGAGCAGUAUUCCAGCGGACUGUACUGGCUGGGUGCCGCGAUUGUGUUCGUGUCAUUCUUGUUUGUCAACCAUGAGAGUAAGGAGGGAGAUGAAGGAGGAGAGGGGGGGAAGAAGGGGGACGGGGUUGUUUAA